AUGAAAUCUGUCUUCGUCCUCGCCAUCUUCGCCGCCGUCGCCACCAGCAGUGUGCACGCUGCUCCGCAACUCGAGAGGCGCGCAGAAUUAGACGAUGUCGCCGUACUAAAUUUCGCGCUUACGCUCGAGCACCUUGAGAACGAGUUCUACUCGGGUGCCCUUGCGAAAUUCGAUGAGAAGGCCUUCACCGACGCCGGCCUGCCCCCAUUUGCUCGCGGACGCUUUGUCGAGGUCUCCGAACACGAGAAGGCCCACGUUCGCCUUCUCAGUAAUGUCCUUGGGGACAAAGCGACGAAGCCGUGCACUUACAACUUUCCGUACAGCGAUCCCAAGUCAUUCGCCGCCUUGAGCCAAAUUCUGGAAGGUGUUGGCGUGUCGGCAUACACUGGUGCUGCCGCGUUCAUCGAGAACAAAGAUUACCUUACUGUUGCAGCAAGUAUCUUGUCCACCGAGGCACGACACGCCGCCUAUGUUCAAUCCGCCGUGAACAAGUUCGCGGGGUGGUCCGGAGCCUUCGACAUUCCUCUGGGAUUGAAUGAAAUCUUCAGUUUAGCCGCACCGUUCAUCACCUCAUGCCCCGACUCUAACCCGAACCUACGGGUGAAAGCGUUCCCCACUCUCACCGUCGUUACACCCAACCUCAAGCCAGGCUCGAAAGCCACUCUCAAAUUCGACUCCCCUAGCGAUUCCGGUGACCUAUACAUGGCGUUCUUUACUGGUCUGGCGAAGAAGUUCGUCAAGAUCGAGAACAAGGAAGUGACCAUCCCAUCCGACCUCCUUGGAACUGUUUACGGGGUUGUCUCCAAGAGCGCAAACUCGACAACGGAUGACGAUGUCGUAGCCGGAGUGGCUGUUUUGCAAUUCAACUUCGAUUCUAGAGGCCACCUUGUUUAG